ACAUCAUCAACUUCUUCCCUCAAAGCUCCACCGCACAGAAUAUCAACAGCAUUCAACUUUUUUUAAAAAGAAGAAACUACAAAGAUACUAAUAGCAUUGAGAAAUAUAAAAAUGUUUCAAGUAAUAUUAUUUACAUAAAGCUUUAUAUAGAGUGCAGGGAACUUGGUACUUUUUGGUAUAUUUGGGAUAUUUUUGGACCUUAUUUUGCAAUUGGGUAAACAGGAUGUAACAUCAUGUCCUAAUGGCUGUGAGUUCUCAUUGCUGUCUUCCCAGUCAUGUACAUCACUUCAAUCUGAACUGUUGGGAAAAGAAGCCACGAUGACCGGUCUAAACAUGUCACUUCUUCUGGUGGACUUCUCUGAGUUUUACGACCUGGAAUUCAACAACAGCAUCGUGAACACCACCUACAUUCUAGAUGAGACAACUAUGGCAUGCCAGGAGUUCACCAUAUCGCUCUCCAUCAACAUUGCUGUGUGCAUUUUAUUCGUGCACAUCUUCCUCCUUGCCAUCCCUGGCAAUCUGAUUGUAGGGCUGGUGAUCCUUUCAAACCUGCGCUUUCUUUCUCCAUCUGACAUCUACCUGUUCCACCUGGUGAUUGCAGACAUGCUGAUGGCCCUCGCCCUCCCCUUCUUCUCCACCUCUGUCAUCGCUGGAUGGAUCUUUGGUGACAUCAUGUGCAAGCUGGUCAACUUAGUUAAAGAAGCCAACUUCUACACCAGCAUCCUGUUUUUGGUCUGCAUUAGUGUGGAUCGCUACAUGGUAAUUGUGCGAGCUAUGGAGGCCCGGAAGGUCCAAAGGAUCUUUUGUAGCUGGGCUGUUUGCUUCGUGGUCUGGAUUUUGGGUGUCCUACUUUCCCUCCCUGCUUUGUACAACGAAGUCCAUUACAUCACAGACAAAGACUUGCCCAUCUGUGCUGAACGUUUCGAAUUUGACAAAUCAGACGAAUGGAGAAUAGCAACUCGUGUGAUGAGGCAUCUUCUGGGCUUCUUGCUACCUCUGUGCGUCAUGCUGACGUGCUACGGAGUGACGGUGGCAAGGCUGCUACGCACGAGAGGUUUUCAGCGCCAGAGAGCCAUGAAAUUGAUUGCAGCUGUGAUUGUGGCUUUCUUACUCUGUUGGACACCCUUCAACAUUGCCACCAUGGUUGAUACGCUCAUGAGAGCCAAUCUGGUGAGAAACGACUGCUCAGCUAAAAAUGGUGUAAGCUUGGCCAUGUUUAUCACACAGAGCCUGGGGCUGCUGCACUGCUCUGUCAACCCAUUGCUAUAUGCCUUUGUGGGAGAGAAGUUCAGGAUGAGGUUCUUCAACAUGAUCCACAGGACACGGAAGAUUGAACGUUUUACGCCAUCGAGGUCCACCAGGUCCACCUCGCAGUCUUCAGAUGGUGUGUCCCACUUCCUCUAAGCAAAAGCUCUUCCAAUGUGUCACAGCUAUGUACAUCAAUGUCUAAGAUUCUAUUUAUUAAGAAAGGGAUAACAAUGUAUAUGAACUAGGAUACCUGAUUAAUACAUUAGACUAAAGGCGAAUAACUACUUUUUAUUUCUCAAAUAAUUUUUUGAUCGAUGAGCCUUUAAUCUCUGUUGAUACCAAAGAAAACGAACAAACAAAAAAAAAUUACACUUAACCCGUAAAUUAUUUAAAACAAAGUUUGUGGUGAAAAAUUAUUGUUUUGUGGCAGCUUAAUGUUUAGUAUUUUGUACAUUUAAUAGGUACCUUUUUUUUUUUAAUAAAUUAAAAAUUAUUUCUUUUCA